UCUCCUACACAUGUCUCAAUUUCUCUCGUUCUCACAAAUCACAGAACGUAACAUAAAAAUGAAGAAGUAUCCAGAAACCCAAACACCUCCCUACAUAUAGACACCAACCCAACACGCUUUUCAAACAUAACAUACAAGAAAACUAUCAUAAGUGACCAAAAAAGACAACCUUUGGGGAAUCAUAAAAUUCUUCAGAAUGGCUCGCACAAUUACAAUUGCAGCAAUGUGUCUUCUUCUCUCAUUAGUGUCCCUCUGUGUCACCACCAACGCAUUAAUGCCAUACACACGUAGCACCCUCUGGGACAUGAUGCUCCAAUCCGAGGACCCAUUUGGAAUCUUGGAACAGAACCCAUUCAACAACAUACCCAACAUCAGAGGAGGAGCCGAGACUCUCGCCCUGGCACGUGCGGAUUGGAAGGAAACCCCCAGCGCGCACGUGAUAGUGCUGGACCUACCCGGGAUGAAAAAGAAGGACGUGAAGAUCGAGGUGGAGGAGAAUCGCGUGUUACGUAUCAGCGGCGAGAGGAAGGGAGAGGAAGAAGAAGAAGAAGAAGAGGUUGAGGGCGAGAAGUGGCAUAGGGCUGAAAGGACUAACGGGAAGUUCAUGAGACAGUUCCGGUUGCCGGUGAAUGCGGACUUGGAGAAGGUUACGGCGAGGCUUGAAAAUGGGGUGCUGAGGAUCACGGUGGGCAAGUUUGGUGAGGACAAGAAGAGGCAGCCUAAGGUUAUUGACAUUGCUCAGAGGGAUUCUGCUGCUGAGAAUGUGAAGCCCACCAAGCCUCAAAUGUAAUGUCAUAUGUCAUCAUCAGCCAAUCCAAUUACAUAUGUUCUUGCUUAUGUUUUCCUUUUUUUUUUUUUUCAGUUUACAAGUUGUAAGUUGCAUCUUCACUUUGUUUGGGACAUGGGAUUUCAGUGAUGAUGUGAUGUUGUUUGUGUCUAAUAGUUCCUAGUGGCGUUUCUUUAACGUUUAGUGUGAUUUCUUUAACGUCUUGAACUGAUUAAUAGAUGGUGACUUGUAGAUCA